AUGGAAUCGAAUGGAAUGAUUCAAUCUUUUGAAAACAAGAGCAUCCUUGUCACUGGUUCUACUGGGUUGUUGUCGAAAUUGUUUGUGGAGAAGUUACUUAGAGUUCAGCCAAAUGUGAAACAACUCUAUCUUCUUUUUAGACCCGCUGAUGCAUCGUCCCCUACUCAGCGUCUUCAUAAGGAUGUGACAGGGAAGGAAGUAUUUAGAGUGUUGAGAAAAAAGCACGGUCUUGGAUUUGAUUCCUUUAUAUCCGAAAAGGUGACGCCUGUCUUUGGGGAUGUUACUUUAGAGAACUUGGGAAUAGAAGACUCUGAAGAAGUUGGUGCAAAGAACAUUGGAUGA